AUGAUCGGAAUAUUGCUUGAGAUCGGCUUACUAUUUCUCCGAAUCGGACUGGCAUAUUGCGAGGCUCUGAUUAGUGCAAUUGUGCCACCGAGACGAAAGAACAUUACUGGGGAAGUUGUCCUCAUCACAGGGGCGGGGCAUGGCAUCGGUCGAUGCCUCGCUCUGGAAUUCGCCAAAGUUGGUGCCAAGCUGGUUCUUUGGGAUAUCAACCAGGAAGGAAACGAAGAAACUGCCGCGGAAAUUCGCACGAUUGGUGUUUCUGUAAACACAUACACGGUUGAUGUAACUCAGAAAGAUGAGAUUUAUAACGCAGCUGCCAAAGUUCAAAGAGAAGUUGGCAACGUGGACAUUCUCGUCAAUAAUGCUGGGAUACUCCACGGGAUUGAAUUGUUAAGAUUAUCCGAUGAACAAAUCGAAAGAAUUAUUGCAGUCAAUACCAUGGCACACUUUUGGACAAUCAGAACUUUCUUGCCCAACAUGAUACAACGUAACCAUGGGCACAUUGUUACCAUAGCAUCCAUGGCUGCAAAACAAGGUGUUGCUAGGCUGGUUGAUUAUACUGCAUCUAAAUAUGCUGUAGCGGGGUUGACUGAAGCACUGAGUGAUGAAAUAAGAGAUAUGAAGAAGACCGGAAUAAAAACGACCACAGUAUGUCCAUUUUUUGUGGACACAGGGAUGACUAAAUAUCCAAAUCAGAGGUUUCCGAAAUUGAAUCCCCUUUUGGAACCUGAGCAGGUUGCUAUGGAAGCAGUUGAUGGUGUGUUGAGAAACAAAGUAGAGAUUAUAAUUCCAUCUAAUCUAAAACUUUCUUUGUCUUUAAAGAAUCCACUGGUCCCCAGAAAAGUUGGCCAGCUUGUAAUGGAUUUUUUUGAUGUUGGAAUUGCAGCCCAAGACAGCGAACCAAACAAGGACAAAGAUAUCUGA